UAAGUAUUGUCAAUUAGUGAUAAUGGAGCGUCCAAGCUGAGAAGAGCCACACCCCCUCUCUCCUCCCUUCUUCCUGUCUCCUCCCCUCUCACUCUCUCUCUUGGUUCUCUCUCUCUCUCUAUCUCUCUCCUCCCUCUCUCCCCUUGUCUCUCUCUCCCUCUGUCUCUCUCUCUCUGUCCCUUAGUCAGUAAUAAUGGAGCCCAGCAGUCCUAAGAAGCUACAGUUCGAUGUCCCCCCGCUCCAGGGCCAACUAGACCCCCAGGCCGCCGAACACAUCCGUCGCAGAAGACCAACUCCGGCCACUCUGCAGAUAUACAGACUGCCCAUUGGAACAGAUGCGGGAGGACAGAACACUGCAAGUGGAGAGACGCAGGAUCCAGAGGCUGCUCAGAGGAAGCAGGGGACCUACGCUGCGCCCACCAUGAAAGAGCUUCAGAUGGGGGUGGAGCAACAUCUUCUCGGUCCAGACGUCUGUGAGACUGACGGCCAAAUGAGUCCCAUCACAGCACAGCUUUAUGGCAGUCCUGCUCUGUGGGACAAUCACAAUGGGCCGGAGGAGGCCAAUGGGAAUGAGACAGUGCUGCUUUUGGCCAAUGAAGCGAGAGGAGUAGCAGACAGCAACAGUUCAGGGGGCAAGCAUUCCCAGCCGGACCCUUCUCUACCUGAGGAAGACGAGGACACCGCACCACCGCAAGACUGAGUGACCAGCGAUGACAUCAUCAUCAUCAUCAUCACCAUCACACUAGCUCCACCCUUCAUCAACUUAACUUUAAGGGCCACCGUCUCUGCACUGGCAGUAGAUCAGACUCCAGAUCAGCCACAAGUGCGCCCUCAUUAUUAUUGACAUUCAGUUUGGCCAGUAGCCAGGAGACAAUGAACUAGUUAAAUUGUACACCUUUUCUCUUUUAGAUGGAGCUAUUCAUUGUGUUUAUUUUCUGUCUUGUAGAAUCGUCCCCUGUAUAUCGAAUAAAUCAAUGGGCCUAACUAUGCUGCAGGGUAGCAAACGGCCUCAAUGAUUCUACAUAGACUGACGGGAAACCAAUAAAUAUUAAUAACUACAAAGCAUUAAGUUGUGAUUGUUUUUAGAGAAUAAAUGUAGUCAACCGUGAGUUAGGGGGAAAGUGAAAGUUUGUACACACACAGCAUAUUCAUCUUUUUACCCCGUGGCCUUUCUUGUAUUUUUUUCUAUUUAGAUAAACUAUUGUCAUAACCAUAGAAACAUAUAACAAAUAUAUACGCUUUUCUUUUUAAGUGUAAAUUGCAAAUAAAUAAUUGUAUUUUUUUUUCUGCAUUUCAUAGCACGUUUAGGGAAUAUAUCCAGUGAAUGACACUACAAUGUAAAUGUUUUUGGUAAUUCAAACUCAAAUUAAACCCAUUUAUUUGUCAUUUAACUACACAGGCAGAAUCCAAGAGACAGGUUAAAAGACUGAGAAAACAGCAACCACAUCAAAUGGUAUAAUGUGUCCAUGUUUUCACCCCCUUACAGUAUACUGCAGUAGAAACAUCACACACUAUGUGUUAAGCAGGGAGAAUACAAAGCCAUGUACUCGGCUGCCCAAAAGAAGGGGUGGAAAACCUUUUUUGCUAACAAUAUUGUACUUGUACAGCGAGUACAAUGUUGAGCUACUUGUGUUUCACUUGACUUACAUUUUUGACUUUAUUUUACUGUCCUGCUUGUAUUUUACCUGUGAAAUAUAAAAUAUUUACCAAG